AUGGCAUUCCAGCCAGGAGCAGGGUCAGGGGGACAGCCGAGUGAACCACGUGGGAAUCAGGACAAAGACAUGAAGGAUUUGUUCGACACAUUCAUUAGGAAAGAGGAGGGUGGUUCCACUAUUAUGGACCUCCCCACGCCGUUCAUCUUCACCCUGCGUGACGUCAAGCAGAAGGUCGUCCGCUUGCAGAGCAACAAUCUUGUGGCCGAGACCUCCAACUCUGACCCCGAGAAACUCAGCGUGGUGCCCAACCGGUUCGUACAGGGCAAACAGUAUCCCAUCAUCCUGGGCGUCCAGGGAGGAAGUAGCUGCCUGUCAUGCGGAACCUCGGCCCAACCCAAGCUGCAGCUGGAGAAUAAGCAAAUCAUGGAAUUAUUUGAAGACAAGGAGCAAGCCACUCGCUUCACUUUCCACAACAUUCCUGAAGGCAGCACCCACCGCUUCGAGUCGGCCGCCUACCCGGGCUGGUUUCUCUGCACCUCUCAGAAGAGCAGCGAGCCCAUCCACAUCACCAACCGCAUGGGUGAGACAGAGAUCACUGAGUUCUAUUUCAACAGGAUUCUGACCUAA